UGUCAUUCUUUGUCAUUGUUGAAAAAUCGUCGUAGUGAUUUGGAAGUCGGAUCUGCAGGGUGCAAAAGCAAUUUUCUCCUAAUUAAUUCCUUCGUUCUUGCGGGAAUCUUAAUUCAUUUGAUUCGCGAAAGCUUUUCUAACUAAGUGGAACAGUAAUGGCUAGCCAAACCCAAGGAAUUCAGCAGCUCCUGGCCGCGGAAAAACGGGCAGCCGAAAAAGUGGGCGAAGCACGAAAAAGGAAACAACGUCGUCUAAAACAAGCUAAGGAGGAAGCCCAGGAGGAAAUCGAACGAUACAGACAGGAACGGGAGAGGCAAUUUAAAGAGUUUGAAGCGAAGCACAUGGGCAGUCGUGAGGGUGUCGCCGCUAAAAUUGACGCUGACACUGUGUUGAAGAUUGAGGAAAUGAACCGUUCCAUCUCCACCAACAAAGCGGCUCUAAUUAACGAGAUUUUGAAGCUGGUCUACGACAUCAAACCGCAAUUGCACAAAAAUUACCAAUUCAUGAUCAAAAAGUAAACUUCUGGCAGCGGUGAGCUAACAGUACUUUGAAGCGAGUAUAAAUCCGAAGAAAUUGCAAUCUUUGCUGGCCAACACAUACACAAUAUUAGAAGAUGAGGAAAUGCAAACCGUUUAGUCCAUACCCAGCUUACGUAAAAGUUUUGUUUUAAAAUUAAAGUGGUGUAAAUAAUUAUUUCCAGAUCCCAACUAAAUGUGUACACUCGAAGGAAUUUUAUGCAUGGUAGUAGCAGUAGCAAGUUUGUUUUUUUUUUCGUUAUUAUAUCGUGUAAUUUAGAAUAUUCUCCACUAAGUAUUACCCAAAUAAGAAACCUUUGCAAGCUGUUGGUCAACUCAAUUCACUUCUAAUUUCUUGAAAUUAGUAUUCUUAAGCAUGGUUGUAGCUUUCGUUCACGAACUAUUUGUCACAGGAAGAAAAAGACAUGACAAUAUCGCCCGUUAUUAUCUACUAAAAUAUUGCUCUCAGAAAAUUGAAAAGUUAGAUCCUUAUUGGUGUGUGAUAAAUUACUAAUGAAAUCGCCGAAUUGAAUGAGUGAAUCUCUUCAUCACAUGUUUAGGAAACCCGACAGCUGCUUCUCCACUUCAUAUUGUUGUUAACUAUUUGCUGAGUGACUCAAUAAUUCGUAAUGAUAGUCAUUCGUACCAUACGAACGUUUAUCAACAAUAUAACCAAUCGAUAACAGAAUGUCGGAAAUCACAGCCAUGUUAAGUACAGACAAUUAUAAUCUAUCGGAGAAUUAUAUCGUUAACGGAUA